AUGUCUUUGUUCAUCAACAACGAAUUUGUGAAGAGUGUGGAAGGUAGAACCUUCGAGACAAUCAACCCUCACAAUGAGAAGCCCAUUGUAGCUGUGCACGAAGGCACAGCGAAAGACGUGGACAUCGCCGUGAAAACAGCCCGCAAAGCUCUGGAGGGCGAGUGGAAAACCAUCACUCCUUCUGAUCGUGGCCGCCUCUUGACUCGUCUCGCUGACUUUUUGGAACGUGAUAUCGACACUGUCGCUGCUAUCGAAGCCCUUGAUAAUGGAAAGGGUGUUACAAUGGCUAAAGGCGAUGUCACUGCUUCAGCCGGAUGUUUGCGCUACUAUGGUGGAUGGGCCGAUAAGAUCUAUGGACAGACAAUCGAUACGGAUGCCAAUAGUUUGACUUAUACCCGACAUGAGCCGGUCGGGGUCUGCGGCCAAAUCAUUCCGUGGAACUUUCCCCUUCUGAUGUUCGCUUGGAAGAUCGGCCCUGCCCUCGCGACAGGCAAUACGAUUGUCAUGAAGACUGCGGAGCAAACGCCCCUUUCAGCACUAUAUGUGGCUAAGCUUAUCAAAGAAGCCGGCUUUCCCCCUGGAGUAGUCAAUGUUAUUUCAGGAUUUGGAAGGAAUGCUGGAGCGGCGAUUGCGGCACACAUGGAUAUUGACAAAGUCGCAUUCACCGGGUCUACUUUGGUCGGACGUCAAAUUAUGCGAGAGGCUGCCAAUAGCAACCUGAAGAAAGUUACACUCGAACUCGGAGGAAAGUCGCCGAACAUCAUUCUCCCUGAUGCAAAUCUGGAGGAGGCAAUUGGAUGGGUAAACAUGGGCAUCUUCUUCAACCAUGGACAAUGUUGCUGUGCCGGUUCUCGAAUCCUUGUUCACGAAGCCAUUUACGACCAAUUCUUAGAGCUGUUCAAGAAGCGCGCCGAAGAAAACAAGGUUGGCGAUCCGUUCAAUGCCGAAACCUUCCAGGGACCUCAAGUUUCUCAAGUUCAAUAUGAUCGAGUCAUGAGUUAUAUUGCCGAUGGAAAAAGCGCAGGUGCCAAGGUUAUCACCGGUGGUGAUCGACACGGAGCCGAAGGAUACUACAUUCAACCCACUAUUUUUGCUGAUGUUGAUGAAAACAUGACAAUUGUGAAGGAGGAAAUCUUUGGGCCUGUCUGCACAGUGCAGAGGGUUCGCGACGAAGAGGAAGCUAUUCGCGUGGCCAAUGACACGAAUUAUGGCCUAGCUGCGGCUGUUCACACGACCAACAUCAACACCGCUAUCAGGGUGUCAAAUGCGAUCAAGGCAGGAACUGUUUGGGUUAACAACUAUAACACUCUGCACUAUCAGAUGCCCUUCGGUGGGUUCAAGGAAUCAGGAAUCGGUCGAGAGCUGGGUUCGUAUGCUCUUGAGAACUACACAGAGGUGAAAACAGUCCGUGUACAACUAUCCCAAUCCUGA